AGAAUCAGAAAUAUCAGAGAUGUUAUAAAACAGGACAAAAAAAAAGGCUAAAUGAAGAUCAGAGACAUAAAUCUGAAAUAAACGAGAUUUGAUAGAUUAAGACGAAUUAAAGUGAUAAAAUAAAGCAAACAUGAAUUUGCAAAGAGAAGCUUCUGGCGAACCUUCUGUCAGGUGAGGGUGGGUCAAGUGCACACAAACAUGUAACAUGACACGUGGUUUCCUGAGUAGUGCAGCCUUUUCUAGUAAACGGGAACUUAUACCAACCUUCACAAGCACACCUUUGCAUUCUGCGUUCACUUUGUGGUGAUUCUGCACUGCAUCACGAUGUCCUGUCAGCGUCCUUAUCUGAAUCCGCGACUCCCAUUUACGGGCUGUAUCCAAGGCGGCCUGUUUGAAGGGAAGACGGUCACUGUGACAGGACGAGUCCUGGCAGGAGCAGAGAGGUUUUGUGUGAAUUUACAAAGUGGCACCAAGGCAAACAGUGAUAUCGUCCUCCACUUCAACCCACGCUACAGCGGUAACUCGGGCCACGUGGUGUGUAACACGAUGCAGAGUUCCUGCUGGGGUUCCGAGCAAUGGAGCAAACACACCCCAUUUCCCAGAGGCUCUGACUUCACCCUCACCUUCCUGGUCAACCGAGACUCCUAUUCGGUGAUCGUGAACGGAGUACAUUUCCUGGAGUACUUGCACCGUCUCCCUGCCUCCCGCGUGAACGCGAUCUCUGUGAACGGAGGUGUAGAGAUCACGUCCAUCACUUUCCAAAAUCCGGCUACCUCGUGGGUGGCACAACCCAGCUUUGCACGCACGGUGAAAGCUUCUUACGCUGUCCAUGGCUUGGGUGCUACACCUCCUCCGUACAGUCCUCCACUUGCUUAUGUGUUGCCAUAUAAAGCCAUUCUCCAGGGUGGAAUUUACCCGGGCAGAGUCAUCACUGUACAGGGCUGUGUCAACCACAACGCUGACAGGUUCAACAUCAACCUGCGUUAUAACUCUGGCAUUGCGUUCCACUUCAACCCGCGUUUCAACGAGAACGUGGUGGUGUGCAACAGCCUGAUAAGUGAGCGCUGGGGUCGUGAGGAGAGAAGUGGUGGCAUGCCCUUCUACAGAGGCCAGCAGUUUACGCUGAGCAUCACGUGCGACACUCAGUGCUACAGGAUCAUGGUGAACGGCGCACAGAUGUUCACCUACAACCACCGUCACUUCCUGUUUCAGCAGAUCGACAUCCUGGAGGUUGAUGGAAACAUCAGCGUCAGUUCUGUCGUGGUUUAAGGGCAGGUCGUUAUGUGUAUAAACUGUAAAACCAGUUCAAACCAGUAUAAUACUUUACAUCUAUUUUAUUGUAUUCAAUACAGCAGCACAUAUUGUAUUCUGGGAAAAUUGUACAGCAUCAAAAGCAGUAAAGAUAGCUGUGCAACACUGCUGAGACGAUAUCUUACUAAUACAGUAAAACCUACAGGUUCAUUAACUUCACCGCAUCUGACUAAUUUUUCCAUUUUUUAUUUAUUCCUUAUUUUUGUCAUCCUUGGUUUUUUAAAAGCAUAACUUUAGUUAUAUUAGUGAGGUAGCAUUAAGUGUAACAGGUUAACUGGAGGUAAAACUAUAAUGCUACAUCAUAUUAGCCUAGUUCAGUGGAUAAGAUUUCUAGCUAUGUUUGAUAUAUAUAUGUAUAUAUAUAUAUAUAAACCCCAGUGAGCAAUAAGUCUUCUUCUUAUGACUCAUUGAUUCUAUAUCUGUGGUUCUUACUGUUCCUGUACUUUUGAUAUCAUAUUAUUCUUGGACUGAAAUGAUUUAUUUGAACCCAGUAAGAGAGUUUGUUUUGGACACUUUCAAAUGUAUUUACGAUGUACAUUUGGCAAUAAAAGUGUUAAACAGCAGUAUGAUUAAAACAUUCAGCAGAGAUUUGAUGGGAAUUGACUGUUAUUAAUGUGUAGUCCCGUAAAAAUAUAGACUUCGGCAAAAAGUUCGAAACUUUUACCAUAUAAGACUGGGGCAGGAUUUGGGUCUGAGGGUAAGACUGAGAUAGGAGUUGGGUUUGAUAAUGAGUCUUUAUUGGUCACAUAUACAUUACAGCACAGUGAAAUUCUUUUAUUCAUACAACAGCAUGUCAGGAAGUUGGGGUCAGAGCACAGGGUCAGCCAUGAUACAGCGCCCCUGGGGGAGAGAGGGUUAAGGGCCUUGCUCAAGGGCACAACGGUGGCAGCUUGCAGUGCUAGGGCUUGAACCCCCACCCUUCCGUUCAGUAACCCAGAGCCUAAACCGCCAAGCCACCACUGCCCCAUGAUUUUCUUCUGUUGGUUAGACUGAGACAUGAUUUGAUUUUGGUUUAGAGGUGAGACUGGGGCAAAAUUUAGGCUUGGGGAUAAAACCGGGACAGAAAUUGGGUUUGGGGAUGACACUAAGACAGAAAUUAGGUUUGAGGGUAAGACUGGUGCAGAGUUUUGGAUUGAGGAUAUAAACAGGAUAGAUAUUAUUUUAUAAUACCUCUGUCAAACUCAACGUGAUUAAAAACAACAACAGAAUCAGAAAUAUCAGAGAUGUUAUAAAACAGGACAAAAAAAAAGGCUAAAUGAAGAUCACAGACAUAAAUCUGAAAUAAACGAGAUUUGAUAGAAUAAAGACGAAUUAAAGUGAUAUUCUAAAAUUCUAAAAUUUAUACUUAAUUUUCAGAAGUAAGUUUUGCUCAUGUGAAUAUUCAAUGCUACUUAGGCAAAAACCUUUUUUCCCCUAGUUUAAUGAGUGGUAAAGGCCCAGUGAAACAGAAGUUGAUGUAGUCAUUGAUGAUGAUGAAUUAAUAAUAAAAGAAGCUUUGCUGAACUCGUCAUUGCAUCAGUUUAUUGUAACUUUAGUAUAUAGUGUACU